AUGAUUCAGUGGCUGUGGGGCCCAGGGCCCAAGGAGAGGGGCGCACUGGACCCUGGUCCCUCAGCACGAGUGACCAUGUGCAUCCUAGGGGCCGAAGUGUCCACACCACAUGCCACGUGCCACACAUUGGGAAAAACAGAGGGGAAGCUUCUGAGCCGCAGAGCUGUCUGGUGCGCGGGCUCCCCUUGGGCAGACGAGGGCAGGCCUGUGAUGACGGUUUCUCCCCACAGCCCCAAAGCUGGCCCGGCAGGGAGCCGGGAGCAGGCUCUGGGCGUCUCCGAGCUGAAGAAGAAGCUGGGCCGGGCCGUGGGCAACUCAGCCCUGCACGCCAUCCUCGGCAGCCUGCUGCUCUACGUUCGCCAGCGCGAGGCCCAGGCCGGGGAGCCCCCUCGCCCUCCACAGGGCCGGGGGGCGCCCCAGGACACCCUCCCGCAGCCCACCCGCUUCCAGCUCCUGCGUGCCAAGUUCAUGGGCACCGGCCGAGGGCCCCUCAAGAAGAGCCGGGAGGUGGGGCGGCUGAUAGCCAAGGACAGGCCAGCUCCGGGCUGCAGCCAGGUGGCCGCCACCAUCCACAGACUGCUGGGGAAGACCAAGGAGGGCCCCAGCAGCCCGGGGCGCGGCCGGAAGGCCCGGAAGGGGCCCCCCGGGGGGAAGAGCGCCGUGAAGAGCAUCCUGCGGGUGCUGCUGGCCGCCACCGAGAGGGGCGCGAGCAGGCGGCCUCCGGAGGGUCCGCCCGCCGCCGCAGGGCGCCUCGGAACCGGAGGCGGGGCCCGGGGGGGCUCCGUGCUGGCGAGGCUGCGGGACAAGUUCGAGCAGAGCGGCUGCCUGAACGCCGGGGCGCCCCGCGGGGAGGUGCACAGGCCCGAAAACCGCCUGCUCCGCACCAGCACCUUGGCCAGCUCCUGCUUCCGCUCGCCCCCGGCCCGCUUCCUGGCCUGCGCGGCUGAGCCCGCGCUCGCCGUCAGCGUGGCCACCACCGUGGCACGCGGUGCUGGCAGCUGGCUGUGCCCUGGCCCCAGAAGGAGCCCCUUGGGCCCUGAAAAGGCGCCCACAGCUCCCGCUGCAGGGCAGGAACCUAGGGGGCCGUGGCCAGAGGAGUGCCCUCUAGCUGGGGAGUGCUCUCCGGCAUCCCUUCUCCCACAACUGGCUCCUGGGGACGCCAGUGCCUCGAUGGAUAGGGGGAGCCCCACGGACGGACCCCAGCCUGCCCCUGAGCCAGCCUCGUCCCCUGCCUCCCUCCUGGAGGGGGCCCUGCCUAUGCAGGUGCCGGCAGCAGGGCCCCAGGCAGGGAGUGGGGAGCACGCAGCCGCCCUUUGGGCCAGUCCACAGAGGGCGCGGGGGGCGACUAAAAUGGAGGUGGAGAGGGAUGCUGAGUGUGCCCGGCAGGACCAGCCCGCACUCAUCCCCCCACUCAGUCUGCAGCACGCCCAGGCCACGCGUCACACGCAGCCCGCCCUCGAGGCCCUGCACGUGACCCUCAGGCACCCCGUGGUCUAUGAGAUGCCCGUCCCACCUGGCAUGCUGCAGGGGGUGCCCUACAGGGGAGUCACCCACCCUCAUGGUUGGGGGACGGAGCCCGGGCCUGGAGCGGCAGGUGCCCCCGGGACACCCAGCACACCUGCCACUGCCCCACCUGCGCCCAGUGCACCUACUGUGACACCUGUGCUGCCGAUGGUCAGGACAGGGGUGGGGACCCCACCUGAGCACAGUGUCAUGCCCGAACAAGGGGCUGCCCACUGCAACCCCCACAAAGAUGGACCAUGCCCAGGAGAGCAGGUACUAGUUGCCAAAAACACUCAGAAUCACAGCUCGGGGAACCAACCGAACAAGGCAGGGGAGCAGGGUGCCCGGAAUGGGGGGCAGCACAGUCAAGUUCUCCAGGAACAGACCCCCGCCCUCAACCACAGCUGCCGCCCCCCAGCCCCACGCGAGCCCUCACAGCCAGGCCGACACCCUGGGCAGAGGCAGGCUUCAGCCCCAAGAGCCCCUUCCCUAACUAUGCCCCCAGAGGAAGCUGUGGAGACCCCAGGAAGGCCAGAAGAGCCCGAAGCAACCCUCUCAGGUGAGCAGGCAGCAAUCCCCAACGUGGUGACCCUGCAGCACCCCCACACCCAGGUCUGGCCACCUCCUGCCAACGUUAAGGUCCAGCUUCCUGUUGGGUUCACGAUAGCUCCCCACCAGCUACCCCAAGGAUGCUCAGUGGCAGAAGAGCCAUGGACUGACAGGGUACCCCAGAAGGCUGGUGACUGUCGGGGGACACAGUUGCUGGCCCCCAGCACAUGGACCGCUGCUCCCCUAGAAGAGGGGAUUAGAGAGAGGCCUCGGGGGAGUGAGUGCCAGCUGGAGACCUCAGGACUACAUACCCUGGGGACAGAGGCUCAGAGUUCAGCCCUGAAUGCUGGACUCCCCGAGGUACAGGCUCCAGGCCCCAUCCAGGCUCCCACCUGGGAGGAUAGUGUCCAGGCUGGAGCCCAGGUGAACCGGACAGCACCCCGUGACAUGGCGGCAGCCCCCACAGCAGAAGAAAGGCUUCCGGAGCUUCAGAUGCCAGCCUCUCAGGGGUACCCUGGGAUACAACCCAGUGUAGGAGACGGCUGGCCCAAGAGCCCAACAUUCCAACACCCAGUGCCAACACCAGAGGGUGGCAGCCAAACACCCCCCAUCCCAGACCUGCAGGAUCCCUCCAACACCAGUGGUACCAGAAGAGACACAAAGGAGGAGGGUCAGUGGACAAGACCAGCUGCCCUGGCCAAAUACAGGGCCCAGAGCUUCCGAGACGAGGGGGCCUUCGAGCACUCCUUCAGGCCUAUGGGCAUCAGGGCCAGUGACACCUUCCAGCCCCCAAAGUGAGGCCUCGCUUUCUGCAC